AUGGGUGGUGUUACUGUUCGCGAUGUUGACGUAAGUAUAAACAUUUCCACCAGAUGUGUAGGAGAGGAAGAGGAAGGAUGAGCUUGAAAAAUCAAUUUGCGACGGCGAAUUUGGAUUCUAGUCGUUCACAUCAACAAUCUUCACAAAUCUUGAACUUCGCAGUCUACCUUCUCGUCGAUAAAUGAGCAGGUGUGAGGGGGUCGAAAGAUCUCCGCUGACGGAAUUAUGCUGAUUCGACGGGUUAAUUCAGGCACAAAAGUUCAUUGAAGCAUAUGCUGCUUUCUUGAAGAGACAAGGAAAGCUCCCAAUUCCAGGUACGUACUGACUUGAAAUUCUGAAUCCCUAUUUUCCUGCAUAACUGCCUAGUUUCAAUCUGCUAACACGAUUUUUUAAAGGUUGGGUUGAUACCGUCAAGACCAGCGCAUCCAACGAGCUCCCCCCUCAAUCCAUCGACUGGUACUACGUCCGUGCCGCUGCCAACGCUCGUCACAUCUACCUCCGCAAAACCGUCGGUGUUGGCCGUCUCACCAAGGUCCACGGUUCAACCAAGAACCGUGGUUCCAGACCAUCGCACCACGUUAACGCCUCCGGAUCUGUUGACCGUCACGUCUUGCAAUCCCUCGAGAAGAUCGGUGUUUUGGAGCAAGAUGAGGAGAAGGGAGGUCGUCGUAUCACUCAAUCCGGACAACGUGAUUUGGACCGUAUCGCACAAACCACCGUUGAGGCCGAUGAGGAAGAAGCUGAUGAGUAAAUUAUUUACAUCAUGGUCUGGGAAUGGGAAUCUUUACGGGGUUUGGGCUAUAUGGUGUAUCACAUAUAAAUAAAAGCUCGUCCUAAAGCACUUUGCUUUUCAUUAUACCCCAUAUGUUAUAACGGUUAACGUGAAAGAAUAUCAUUUUUGAAGCUUAUCCCUUCGAA